GUUGGUCUAAAUGGCGAAAAUAGUUUUAGAAUACAUUAACACUGUCACAAUAAAGUCGCUUUUUUUGUGCGAUUACUCGUAAUCGCAAAGUGUGUUUAACCGCAUUUUUGAGGAGGUCUAUUGAUAAAAAUAGUUGUUUCGGUUCUUCAAAUAAAGAGAUUGCUUUCAGAACGCUUUCUAACCCUGUUAAAUAGGUUUAUUACGGUAUUCAAAGGAGAACUGAUGGUACGUGAGUCGUAAGGCUACGGGCAACAAAAACAGAAGCUUGGCGUUGUUUAUUGGUCGUAGAAGUGUUAUUUAUUAUUUAUAUACGCAGUUACUUCAGACAGAUAUGACGGAAAUAUUUUCGUCCCUGUACGCCCAAAAUGACGCGCAGGUUCCCACUGGCUCGUCGACGCUGGGCUUCGCUCCGGGAAAGCCUCCUCCGCCACCAUCUCAAAGCCAGGUCCCGAUGGCCGUACAGCUUCCACACCAGCUCGGGGAUGACGGGCCUACUCUGCGGAAGCUCGGGGCGAUGAACGAGCCGUUCUAUUUACUCAGAGAACUACCCGUGGGCAACGAGCUGACGGGCAACACCAACCUGAUCACACACUACAGCCUAGAACAUGCCUACAACAAGUUCUGUGGCAAGAAGGUCAAGGAGAAGCUGAGCAACUUCCUCCCUGAGCUGCCAGGCAUGAUUGAUACCCUAGGCACUCAGGACGGCAGCUCUCUCCGCUCGCUGAUAGAGAAGCCCCCUGUCUGUGGAAACUCUUUCAACCCCCUGACGGGGGCCAUGCUGACAGGCUUUCGGCUGCACACUGGGCCGCUGCCGGAGCAGUACAGACUGAUGCACAUCCAACCCCCCAAGAAGAAGAGCAAGCACAAGCACCGGCACCACCGGCCCCAGGACCCGCUGCCCCCAGAGACACCUUCGGACUCGGACCAUAAGAAGAAGAAGAAGAAGAGAGAUGAUGAUCCCGAUCGCAAAAAGAAGAAGAAAGAUAAAAAGAAAAAGAAGAACCGGCACAGCCCAGACCACCCCGGCCUGGCCAGCUCCCAGCCCAGCAGCAGUAGCAGCUUGAGGUAGAAUUGGAGGAAGGAGGGGGGUUGGCGGUGCAUCAAGCCAGCUCUCCAUCCCUGGGACCGGUGGCAAGGUGGGGGCCUAUGGGAGCCCCUGGCCCUUCAGCCUUGCCCUUCCAAACUCAAGCCUGGCUGCAGACGGGAUGUCCGUCUUCACACACACACACGUCUGCAUCUGUCUUUUGCCCUGGCAGUUCCCUUUUCUUUUUGUUUUAACUGUGUGAGGCAGAAGGAACUGUUGGAGACACCGAAUAACUGUGCUGAUGCACCGAAGCAGGAAGGACUUCAAGUUAAAGUCAUUUUCGGACUGGGUGUGACAGAGACCCCGAGCCUCUACACACAGCUUUACUUUAAUAAAUUUUGGUAAUUAAA